AUGUCCGCGAACUCGUCUUUGAUGUCUGACGAAGAGUUAACAAAAGAUAAUCCAUUAUUUUGGAGUCAAUAUACGCCUGCAAAUUGUGAUUCAAUACGAGCUAUUGGAAUCAUUUUAAGUCUUGCGGCAUUUGUUGGAAUUGCACUGAAUGGGAUUCUUUUAUACAGUUUUGUUCGUUAUGAAAAUCUUCGAACACCACCAAAUGUGUUUAUCAUAUUCAUCGUUGCACUUGGACUUCUAGCAUCAUUUUCGAUUUUACCCAUGACAGCAAGUUCGUCCAUUUAUUGCUAUUGGUUGUUUGGAAAACUAGGAUGCCAAUUCGAAGCGUUCAUGGCUUUGUUAUAUGCCUGUUCGAGUUCAUACUUACUUUGUGCCAUUAGUCUUACACGAUGUUAUAUCAUUAUGCGACCGUUCAAAGCCAAGAAUGUCACUGUGACCAAAUGUUUGAUUAUCAGCUGUGUAGUUGUGAUGAUUGCAUUUACAUGGACAAUGUUACCAAUCCUUGGUUGGAAUGAAUACACGUUUGAAAGAGUUCGUACGUCAUGUUGUGUCAAUCAGUACGAUCGUCGGCGAUCAUAUAUAUCAUUCAAUUUGGCUAUACUUGUAUUUGUUUAUUGUAUUCCAGUGAUUAUUCUUGUAAUCACGAAUGUGAUUGUUUACGUGGAAUUGCGACAGAUGAAAAAGAAGGUUACAGAAGCAGUUCAAACUAAUUUCAGUCAUAAGAAAAUCGAGAUGGAAAGACGAAUUCUUGAAAACAUAUUAAUUACUGUCUGUGGAUUUGUGUUCACACGAACACCGUAUGUUUGUGUAUGCUUUCUUUAUACAUUUUACGGCAAAGAGUCGAUUUCACCCAUGCUAGCAUUCAUUUGUGUCUGUUUCGCUAGAUCAUCGGUCAUGUGGAUCCCAAUGCUUAAUAUAAUGACUUCGACACAUUUCAAGAUCAAUUUAGUCAAUACGGAGAUAUUGGAAACGUACGUGAUGCAUAGUAGUAUACUUAAACCGUCUUCACCAUCAAUCAAAAUACGAAAAACUAACAACACAGCAGAAGCAUCAGUGUAUAAAGAUUUCACAUCCCUCGCUAAAUAG